UUCUUUUCUUGAAGAAGAAGAAGAGAAAUCAAAAUCAAAACUUUCAUUUUUUUGAUCGCUGUGUUUCCAUCCAUCUUCAGAUUUCGAAUUCCCCAGAAAAUGGAUUUCGAGCUUAGAUCAGCGAAAGAGAAGCUUGAAAGAGAGCAGAGAGAGAGGAAACAAAGAGCGAAACUAAAGCUCGAACGAGAGAAGAAAGCCAAGGAUGCUGCGAUUAAGCAACGCGAAGCCAUUGAAGCUUCUCAAAGAGCUAGAAGGCUUGACGCCAUUCAAGCCCAGAUUAAGGCUGAUCAACAUAUGCAAGAGAGUUUAGUUUCUGGAGAUGGGAUAGUGUUUGAACGAGUCUUCCAAGCUGUUUCUUUUCAAGGAAUUGGAGAUAAGAUUAAACUGCCACCGUCGUGUUUUACGGAGUUGUCUGAUCAAGGAGCUUUCGAUAAAGGUCCUUUGUAUUUUGAGCUCUCUGUAGUUGGCCAAGGAGAUAAUAAAAAGACAACACACUCUGGUGUUCUUGAGUUUACUGCUGAAGAUGGUACUGUUGGGCUUCCUCCACAUGUUUGGAGCAACUUGUUUUCAACACAUGAUCCAAUGGAUGUUCCUUUGGUUGAAAUCCGUUAUAUCCGGUUGCCUAAAGGAAGUUACGCGAAGCUUCAACCGGAUAACCUUGGUUUUUCGGAUUUGCCCAACCAUAAAGCCAUCCUUGAAACUAUUCUUCGCCAACAUGCUACACUUUCACUUGACGAUGUUCUCUCGGUAAAUUAUGGGCAGGUCUCUUACAAGCUACAGGUUCUGGAGUUAAGACCUGCCUCGAGCAUUUCGGUUCUGGAGACUGACAUUGAGGUUGAUAUAGUUAGUCCUGAUAUAGUUUCAGAUCAACCAAAUCAGAUUGUGCUAAAGCCGCUUCAAAUUGGGAAAUCUGAAUCUGGAACAGUUGAGGAAGGAAAGUAUGAUUACUAUAAGUUUGUGAUUGACGAGGCUACUGUAGAAAAUGUAUUGGCAGGAAACAUCAAAGUUAUUGUAAAGAUAGAUGUGGAGAAAGACGGAGCGGAUACUGAUCUCUAUGUAUCAAAGCACCCGGUUCUAUUCCCAUCUCUUCAUCAACACGAGUGGUCUUCACACGAUGUGGGUUCAAAGACCUUGAUCUUGGGAUCAAAGGAGAGGGCUUUGAGCUCAGGGACCUACAGUAUAGGUGUAUACGGCUUCAAAGGAACAGUCAAGUACCAGGUCUCCGUACUGGUCCAAGAAAGCAGCGAUGGAGCUAAGGUUGGGGAACGGGCUAUAUCAUCUUCAUCAGAUGUUGAUACAGUAGAGUGCAGGAACUGUAAGCAUUUGAUUCCAAGUAGGAGUAUCGCAUUGCACGAGGUGUACUGUAGCAGACACAACGUUGUUUGUAAUCAUCAAGGAUGUGGAAUCGUUCUCAGAGUUGAGGAGGCCAAAAACCAUUUGCACUGUGAAAAAUGCGGGAAAGCACUGCAGCCCACAGAGAUGGAGAAACACUUAAAAGUCUUCCAUGAACCACUCACUUGUGGCUGCGGAAUAGUACUCGAGAAAGAACAGAUGGUUCAACAUCAAGGUAGAGAUUGUCCUCUUCGCCUAAUCGUGUGUAGGUUCUGUGGAGAUAUGGUUGAAGCGGGCAACUCUGCAGCGGAUACUAGAGACAGGAUGAGAGGAAUGUCUGAACACGAGAGUACUUGUGGUUCAAGAACUGCACCAUGUGACUCUUGUGGCCGAUCUGUGAUGCUCAAAGAUAUGGACAUUCACCAGAUUGCUGUUCAUGGCAAGAAGCAAGGAGGAAGAGAUUUUGUACUUUGCAAGUUACCAACUCUCAUGGCUACAAUAAACGAUAUUGGAGUAGCAGCAGCAAUCAAUAUAGUGACAGCAUUAGCUUUUCUCUUAGCUUUUGCUAUAUUCAGGAUUCAACCAGUAAAUGACAGAGUCUAUUUCCCUAAAUGGUAUCUUAAGGGCUUAAGAAGUAGUUCUAUACAAACUGGUGGCUUUGGUAGCAAAUUCAUCAACUUGGACUUCAGAUCCUAUAUUCGUUUCCUUAAUUGGAUGCCUGAAGCAUUAAAAAUGCCAGAACCCGAGCUUGUCGAUCACGCUGGACUCGAUUCUGUAGUCUACUUGAGGAUCUACUUACUCGGGCUCAAGAUCUUUUUCCCUAUAGCUUGUGUUGCUUUUACGGCAAUGGUUCCUGUUAAUUGGACAAACAAGGGAUUGGAUCGGUUAAGACAUUAUAAUAUAAGUUUCAGUGAUAUUGAUAAACUCUCUUUAUCAAAUAUACCAAAUGGGUCACCUAGAUUUUGGGUGCAUUUGUGUAUGGCUUAUGCCAUCACUUUCUGGACAUGCUUUAUCCUGAAAAGAGAGUACCAGAAUAUAGCUUUAAUGAGACUACAGUUUCUUGCAAAUGAUCAAAGGAGACCUAACCAGUUCACUGUGCUGGUAAGAAACAUUCCUUCAGAUCCUCAUGAAUCAAUAUGUGAACUUGUUGAACAUUUCUUCAAAGUCAACCAUCCAGAUCACUACCUCACUUUCCAGGCAGUCCACGACGCAACAAAACUCUCCGAAUUGGUUCUGACGAGGAAGCAAAUGCAGAAUCUGCUUGAUUACAAUAUAAACAAACACAUGAGGAAUCAAUCUAACAGGCCAGUAAUAAAGAUGGGAUUUCUUGGCUGCUGUGGUGAAGAAGCUGAUGGAAUCAAAUAUUACACGUCCGUCGUCGAGGGUCUUACAAGAGAAAUAGCUGAGGAGAAACAGAGGUUAAGGACCGGCACAAAGUCCAUAGUGCCUGCAGCUUUUGUAUCUUUCAAGAGCCGUUGGGGAGCAGCGGUUUGUGCUCAAACUCAACAGACAAGAAACCCAACAGAAUGGUUAACCGAGUGGGCUGCAGAGCCUCGUGACAUCUACUAUGACAAUCUGGCAUUGCCAUAUGUUGACCUUAAGAUAAGGAGACUCAUAGUCGGCGUUGCAUACUUCUUCCUCACCUUCUUCUUCAUGAUACCAAUAGCAUUUGUACAGUCACUUGCCAACAUUGAAGGCAUAGAGAAGGCUUUCCCUUUCUUGAAGCCCCUUAUAGAAGUGAAAUUUUUAAAGUCGAUCAUCCAAGGUUUCCUUCCCGGAAUCGCCUUGAAGAUCUUCCUCCUUUUCCUCCCAAGGAUACUGAUGCAAAUGUCCAAAUUUGAAGGUUUUGUCAGCACAUCCUCAUUAGAAAGAAGAGCUGCAACUAGAUUCUACAUGUUCCAAUUCAUCAAUGUUUUCCUCGGAAGCAUAGUCACCGGGACUGCGUUUCAACAGCUCAACAGUUUCCUUAACCAGUCUGCAAACGAUAUUCCAAAAACAAUUGGUGUCUCAAUUCCAAUGAAAGCGACCUUCUUUAUAACAUACAUAAUGGUUGAUGGAUGGGCUGGUGUUGCUGGGGAGAUAUUGAGGUUGAAGCCACUCAUAAUCUAUCAUCUAAAGAACUCCUUCCUAGUGAGAACCGAGAAAGAUAGGGAAGAAGCAACUGAUCCUGGAACCAUAGGAUUCAACACUGGUGAGCCUCAAAUACAACUCUACUUCCUUCUUGGUCUUGUUUACGCAGCAGUUAGCCCCAUCCUUCUCCCCUUUAUCCUCGUCUUCUUCGGCCUAGCUUUUGUAGUGUACCGUCAUCAGGUUAUAAAUGUGUACAAUCAAAAGUAUGAGAGUGCAGGGAAAUUUUGGCCUGACGUUCACAGGCGUGUUGUGAUCGCACUGGUUGUUUCGCAGCUGCUCUUGAUGGGUCUUCUAAGCACCAAACAUGCUUCUAAGUCCACUCCUUUGCUGCUUGUGCUUCCGCUGCUGACCAUCGGGUUCCACAAGCACUGCAAAAAUCGUUACCAACCUGCUUUUGUAACAUACCCGUUACAGCAGGAAGCUAUGAUCAAAGAUACACUGGACCGCAUACGUGAGCCAAACUUUAACCUCAAGGCUUUCCUUCGAGAUGCGUACGCCCACCCAGAGUUCAGGGUUGGAGAAGAUCCAGAGCCCGAGGAGAAGCUGGAGUCUGAUAUGUCACCACCGGAAUUAGUUGCCACAAAGCGUGGCUCAUGGAGGAACACUCCUCUGCCUAGCAAACAAAGCUGCCGUGAUAUACCCUAAUCCUUUGGCUCUGUUCUACCUUAAAUGGUGAUUCUUUUAUAUUCUUAAACAAGUUUUCCCCUCGUUAGAAGAAAUGUACAUAUACGGAUUGUAUUAUAUGCAAGAAAAAAAACAUUAGAAA